UCCACAGCUCGUCGUCUCGCCAGUCUCGAACUCAACGCGAACGCUCCAAGUUGACCGCUAGCAAUUUUUUUUUGCUCUCCAGCUGCGCGAUAUUCACUGCCUUUUGUUGUUGUAGUUGUUGCUGCGGCUGCAGUCUGUUCGUUAAGUAUUGUCAAGCGCUUCGUUAACAUUGCUAAGUACUGUAAUACAUUUAAAUUCCAAAUUUCAAUAUGCGUUUAAUCAUUUUGGAGACGAGCGAUUCGGUUGGCAAGUGGGCUGCCAAGUAUGUGGCCAAACGCAUUAAUGACUUCAAUCCGGGACCGAAUAAAUACUUUGUGCUGGGCUUGCCCACGGGCAGCACACCAUUGGGCAUGUAUAGGGAACUGAUUGAGUUCCACAAGCAGGGAAAGGUAUCCUUCCAAUAUGUCAAAACCUUCAACAUGGACGAAUAUGUGGGACUUCCGCGCGAUCAUCACGAGAGCUAUCACUACUUCAUGUGGCACAACUUCUUCAAGCACAUCGACAUUGAGCCCGCAAAUGUUCAUAUCUUGGAUGGCAAUGCACCCGAUUUAGUCGCCGAGUGCAAUAAAUUCGAGGAACAGAUCAAGGAAGCCGGCGGCGUCGAGUUGUUCAUUGGUGGCAUUGGACCCGAUGGUCACAUAGCAUUCAAUGAGCCUGGUUCAUCGCUGGUCUCUCGCACACGUGUCAAAACUCUGGCCCAGGAUACACUCGAGGCGAAUGCGCGGUUCUUUGACAACGAUAUGAGCAAAGUGCCCAAGCAGGCGCUUACUGUGGGUGUUGGCACUGUGAUGGACUCGAAUGAGGUGAUGAUUCUGAUCACUGGCGCCCACAAAGCCUUCGCUCUGUACAAAGCCAUCGAGGAGGGCGUCAAUCAUAUGUGGACAGUUAGUGCAUUCCAACAGCAUGCGAAUACACUGAUGAUCUGUGAUGAGGAUGCCACGCUGGAGCUGCGUGUCAAGACGGUUAAAUACUUCAAGAGCCUUAUGGAUGUUCAUGCCAAGCUAAUUGAACAGCAGAAGACGUAGCGCAAGGAUGUGAUGUGUGCUCUCAAGCAGGACGGAUGAUGGCUGGAUGAUGAUAUACUUAUCUUACUUUAGGAAACACUGUGCAUUGUAUAUGUUUUGUUAAUGUGUGUGUAUAAAGAACU